CCAAAAGCAAACGUUUGGAAUUAGAAGAGUUCAAAGGAGUGCAAGUGUUGAGACAGUUUUACCUGCUUCGUCUGUCGCCAUCUCUAUCCUCUCUUUCCUUUCCCCAUAGAUUUCUACACCCUUCACUCACAAUCACAAACGCCCAUUUUCCUGUACAUAUCCACAUGCAAUUGAGAAAAUCCCAAGAUUUUAAAUAGAAAAUAAUCAGUUUUUUUUAUUAGCACACAAAGUUAGCUCACAAACCAAGAGCAGAUAAAAGUUUUGGGAAAUACCCAAAUAGUAGUCCCUUUUAUCUAGAGAGUUGAUUGAUUUACUUUGAUUGAUUGGAAAAUGGAGGGGAGCAAUCAAGAGCAGCGGCUGAACGCGGCGGCGGUGGAGGAGGAGGAGGAGGAGGUGGAGGAGAGCAGUGAUGAUUGUACUUCGGAGGAUGAAGGGACUGAUGAUUACAGGAGGGGAGGGUACCAUGCGGUUCGAAUAGGCGAUAGUUUCAAAGGAGGUCGGUAUGUUGUUCAGAGGAAACUUGGGUGGGGUCAUUUCUCUACUGUUUGGUUGGCUUGGGAUUCUCUCAUGUCCCAAUUUGUAGCACUGAAAGUACAAAAGAGUGCGCAGCAUUACACGGAGGCAGCAAUGGAUGAGAUCACUAUUCUAAAGCAAAUUGCGGAAUGCGAUCCGGAUGAUAAAAAAUGUGUCGUUAAGUUAUUGGAUCAUUUUAAGCACUCAGGUCCAAAUGGGCAACAUAUGUGUAUGGUUUUUGAGUAUUUGGGCGAUAAUCUCUUGACACUUCUUAAGUAUACUGAUUAUCAUGGACUGCCUAUUCAUAUGGUUAAAGAGCUCUGUUAUCAUGUUCUAGUCGGAUUGGAUUAUUUGCAUCGACAGCUUUCUAUCAUACACACUGAUUUGAAACCAGAGAACGUACUGCUCUGUUCCACAAUUGACCCAUCUAAGGAUCCGAGAAAAUCAGGAAAACCUCUUAUACUUCCUAAUCACAAGGAUAAGAUCACGCUGGAGUCAGGGGCUCUUAACGGUUAUGUAACAUCAAAUGGAAAUUUGACUAAGAACCAUAAUAAGAAGAUUAGAAGAAAGGCCAAACAAGCAGCUCAAUGUUAUGUGAAUGAUCAGCUUGAUUCUUCUGUUAAUGUUAAUAGAUUGUCAAAUGCUGAGGCUGCAACAAGCAGUGGGAAAGAAUACGGGGGUCCUAAGAGAGGAAGCAGUUCUACAAGGAGGAAGCUGUUGGAGGGUGUCGACCUGAAGUGCAAAGUGGUUGACUUUGGGAGUGCUUGUUGGACGUACAAACAGUUCACAGAUGAUAUUCAAACUAGACAGUACAGGUGUCCGGAAGUUAUCCUUGGAUCUAAAUAUUCAACCUCGGCAGAUCUUUGGUCCUUCGCUUGCAUUUGUUUUGAGCUGGCAACUGGUGACGUAUUAUUUGAUCCUCACAGUGGUGACAACUUUGACAGAGAUGAGGACCACUUAGCACUAAUGAUGGAGCUUCUAGGAAUGAUGCCACGAAAAAUUGCCUUGGGUGGUCGUUAUUCACGUGAGUUGUUCAAUAGACAUGGUGACUUGAGGCACAUCAGACGGUUGCGCUUUUGGCCCUUAAAAAAAGUUUUAAUAGAGAAGUAUGAAUUCAGUGAGCAAGACGCAAAGGACAUGGCCGAUUUCCUGGUCCCGAUACUUGAUUUUGUCCCAGAGAAACGGCCUACUGCAGCUCAGUGCCUUCUUCAUCCGUGGAUCAAUGCUGGUCCACACCUGUUAGAACCUUCCUUGCCCGACACACAAUCAAAAGCUAUUGAUACUCUAAACUCUGUCCAAACCAAGAAACAGAAUGAAGAAACGGAGGCAAUGGAGGUCGGAAUGGGGAAAAUGGCUAUCAACAAGGACACGAGAAGUUUCAGAAGUUACUCAGUCAAAUUCUGAUACUUAUUAGACUACAUCAUCUUUGUCUAAGAUGGUGUUCAACGACUUGCUCUUUGAUCCAUUUGCACAUGGAACAGUCUUAUUGUUGAGCGAAAUAUAUCUUCAUUUUGGUAUGGUUAUUACAAGACGGGGACGCUAGGUAAAUGUGGAAGUGAAAAGGUUUGCGUGGCCGCGGACCAAAUUUGAGCUGCUCCAGAAACAAGUAUGCAAAGGAGACUGCAGAUUUUUGGACCAUUUCUUCACCUUGAAAGUAAUAUAUCAAGUCAUUAAACCAAUGUACAGAUAAGGAGCAAUUAUAGCACACUUAACUUUAGAAUCAAUGUCAUGUCUAUAUAAAAUUCAUAUUGAUUUUGAUAUGAUGCUUAUCUUGAGCAAUUUAAUUUGAAGUCCAUUCUUUUCACA